AUAUAUAUAUAAUCAGUACAUAUUAAUGUAGAUACGUAGCAACCGUAACGUUGCAUUGCAGUUUGCAAACAUCGAUCUAUUGUGCUUCACACCUGAACAGAACAAGUAAUUCAGUUUACAAGUCUGGUUGAAUCAGUAUGAAAACGUACAGCUUCAUUAAACUACAUCAUUUUGCAUAACACGCAAGUUGUAUUAGUAGUCGCAGAAAAAAUAUCAAAUGGGCAGCCGAGUAUUGCGAGGGCAGAGAAGGCUAUUAUCUAUAACAAAGUGGAAGAGGACGAUUGACGGAGUGGCGUGGAGAGGGCAGACGUCUUCUUUUUCUGCCGGCAGUGGGGGAAGGAUUGAGAGCAGAGUUUUAGACCACCUGAAGAAGCACUAUUUCGAAGCUUCCAAGAUGCAACCACCUCCCAAGAUAAACCCUCCAAAACCAUUUGCUGUCAUUAAGGGUUCUCUAGACUCGUCUGGUCCAGUCUUGUCUAGAAACUAUAACCAGGAGGAGAUCAAAAUUACUGUGUCACGUUUAGCUGAUCUUGGAGAGACUGAUAACGGGGAUGAUUCUAAUGAAGAGAACAUCAACCAACUAUUUUUGAUUGUGGUCAUUGCAAAAGGUGAUAAAGGGCCUGCCCUGCAGUUCCUAUGUGACCUUUAUCCAGAUGCAAUGGGGAUACAAUCUGUAUCUUUGACAGAGAGAGAGAACCUGUCAAUUCGAACAAUGUUUCUUCCUAAAGGCUAUCAAGGACCAGAUUUCCGGGAUCUUGAUCGGGAACUCCAGAAGGCCUUCCGCAUUUAUUUGGAAGAGCGUGGCAUAAAUGAGGAACUAUUUCCAUUUCUACAAGCUUGGCUAUAUGUGAAAGAACAUCGACAUCUAAUGCGGUGGCUAAAAACUGUUGGUACCUUCAUUUCCAACCAAACAGUUCCUGGAAGCAGUUAAUUUAGUUGGAAAUCAUUUAUUGAUAGACAUUCUACACAAUACAAAAGCUCAGCCAUUUGCAAGUGACACUGUGCAGCUGAAUUGAUUGUGGAUAAAUUUUGGCACGUAUUUCACUUUUGCAGAAGAGGAUGUGGUAUGAACAUUGCACAGGUUAUUUUAGUGGGUUCUGAUAUAUUUAUUAAUGAAUUGACAUGGCAUAAUAUUCAGUACAUGUACUCAGUUUUUUUGGGUCUCUGGUGCUCACAUAUAUGAUACAAUUUGUUUUACUGCUCAA